UAAUCGUAAGUGACAUUAAUUAGACUUUGUGUCGUUCAGACUUGUUAAGAAUUACAAUACUAUUUUUAGGUUCAAGUGGAAACAGCUCCUUGUUACAAUAAUCGUGCAUACUGUGUAUGUGGCCUCGCCAUCAGAGCUGGCCGAGCUGUGUUCGCUAUUGAACAAUGCCAUGGGAGGAAAAGAAUAGAUUUCCUGUUAUGCGAUGAUUAUGAUGAUGUUUUGGAUGUCAGGAGAAGAGACUCAACACACUACGAGAUUCUAUUUCCAUCUGGCACAGUUGUAAAAGCCGCUAUAACAGAUGCCCAAUUUAUGAAUGUUUACGUUGUUCCUUCUAUCAACGAUGUUGGUAAGAGCAGAGGACUCUGUGGCAAACUUUCCAACACAGACACAGAUGACUUUGUGAAGAGAGAUGAAAGACAGUCUCGUCCAGGUCAUGAAUUCUCGGAAUCAUGGAGAGUUACAAAAAACAGCCUCUUUGACAGCAACACAUAUAAUGACUUGAAGCCUUGGGAUGUAUUAACGAACUAUUGCAGCUGUCCAAAAUGUGAUAAUCCUCCGUGUAAUACAGUGCAAUGUGGACCAAUGCAGGAGGUAAAAUCCUGCCAAAAAAAUAGACCAAGUGACAACACAAAAGUUAUACCCAAAAGGAGUAGAUGUAGCAUCCAUGCCAGGAGAAAGCGCUCUGUGGUUGAACAUUCACGAGACACACGCCAAAUGAUGUCGAUACAUAAACGGGCUGCACAAGACUGGUUAAACGGCUGGACCAAGGAAAAUGCAACAGUGUUCUGUCAAAAACAUUUUGACGUGUCACCUUCUACACAGGCGUGUCGAGAUAUUCCGACUGUAAAUGUGACGAAAAACAUAGACGACUGUGUAUUUGACAUUUGGGCAUCGGGCGGCACAGAUUUCUUUGACGCUGCGUUAGACAACAUCCAGACGACUUGUAUGCAGGAAGUGGUGAUGAACAGUACGUUCCACCAGGAGGCAGGGGGAGAAUCGGUGAUAGACAAAGUCUUCAAGGUCGCGUGUCCAAACGGCUGCCAUAUGAAAGGAGACUGUGUCAAUGGUAAAUGUAGAUGUCAUGCAAAUUACUCGGGCUCGGACUGUUCCAUUGACAACAAUUCUCCUCCAGCAUUAACGGAGGUUGAUUUCGAAGGACUAUGUGACGUACACGACGACUCAUGCAGAGCGGUAUCUGUGUUUGGAGGCAGGUUCGUCGACAGUCCCAGGACCAAGUGCAGGUUCAAACACGUUAAUGAGAAUGGAAAUAUUCUGGACUCCGAUGUGCGUGUUCUUACUGCACAAUUUGAAAGUCUGUUCGAAGUUGCCUGCCCCAUACCAGUGCACAGAUCGAAGCGGUCGGCGCUGGGAGCUACGGCUGAAGACAGACCUCGUGCUUACUACGUGUCCGUGUCCAACAACGGCGUCACGUACAGCCAGGAGAAAAUCGUCGUCAUCUACGACUCCACUUGUCAGACGUGUACACUAUCCGGCACUUCUGUCAAAUGCGUCACUGCGGAGAAUUAUUGCACGCUGGGUACUAAAUGCAUCCCGAAGGGUGGCAGGUAUCCAUACGAGGGUUGUCUGGUGUGUGACAUUAACGGAAAGAUGAAAACCUGGCAGGACGAUCAAGCCUGCAGAAGCUGUAUGAACGCCCCAGUGAUGUGGAUUCUUGUUGUGUUUCCAGCGUUCAUCAUGUUCAACAUUUUUUGAAAUGUAGUGCCUUUUUUAUUCAGACUUUUUAAAUGAACAUUGGCAAUGGAUUGAAGUGUGCAAAAAAUCUGACAGUAUUGCAAUAUACGUCUACAGUACUGAAUUACUAAUUUAAAAAUAAAGUCGUCGUGAUUGGUUUAAUUGUGAUUUCUAUUUUACACAAUAAUUUAAUAUUACUGUACCACUGCUAUUAAAAAUUAAAUUAAUCAUUUAUAGGUAAAUUGAAAUGUAUAUAUUAUGAUUUUUCGAAAUCUUUGUUUUACAUCUGUACGUAUAUACUGUUGCUUUUUUAAAUUAGAUGUGCAUCUGUGUGUUUUGAUAAUAUAUAUAUAUUGGAGGAAAAAAGUUCGCAUGCACCAAAUAAUAGCACAUAGAAUAUAAUUUACUUGAAGUCUGGUCAUAAAAUGUUUAGUAGAUGAAUGUGUAAUCACUCCCUUUGAUAUUCCAGCGGUGUCCUUUCAAUUGCACGAGCUAUUCAUGAUUUGUGAUCACAAGUUGCAUUACUAGCAUACAUGAUCCCAUGCUCCUGUUUGACAUAUUUUUUCUUAUCAUUGGACUCUAAAACUAUUGUACACACACACACACACACACACACACACACACACACACACACACAGCUGCCCACCUUUAAUUUCCACCCAACGAGAACCCUGCCUAAUAUUUUAAUUUAAACACUGUACUAACAGAAUGAUGGCAUAAUAAACAUAAAAUAAUAAAUAUACUAAUAAAAUAAAGUAAAUAAUAUAAAUUAAAUUAAAUUAAAAUAAUUAAAGAAAUAUAAAAUAAAUAAUAUGUUUGUUUUUUUAGAUAAAUAAAAACAUGAUUUGCUGGUUUAAAGACAAAUACUAAAAAUGUUCAACCCACUACCCCAACCCCACUUAUUUUGGCUUGAUUUAUUUUAAUUAAACUGAUGCUGAAAAUGUAAGCACCUUAAAAAAUCCUGGUGAAGCCCCUGCCCCUUAAACUGCUAAACUUAGUUGCAAUUAUAUUUACAUGUAUGCUCCUUCCCAUUAAACUGAUAAGCUUACAUGUAGUAGCAAAUACAUUUGCAUGUAUGCUCCUCCCCCUUAAACUGCUAAGCUUAGUAGUAAUUAUAUGUACAUGUAUGUUCAUCCCCCUUAAACUGCUAAGCUUAGUAGUAAUUAUAUGUACAUGUAUGCUCAUCCCCCUUAAACUGCUAAGCUUAGUAGCAAUUAUAUUUAUAUGUAUGCUCAUCCCCGUAAACUGCUAAGCUUAGUAGCAAUUAUGUGUACAUGUAUGCUCAUCCCCCUUAAACUGCUAAGCUUAGUAGCAAUUAUGUGUACAUGUAUGCUCAUCCCCCUUAAACUGCUAAGCUUAGUAGCAAUUAUAUGUACAUGUAUGUUCAUCCCCCUUAAACUGCUAAGCUUAGUAGCAAUUAUAUGUACAUGUAUGUUCAUCCCCCUUAAACUGCUAAGCUUAGUAGUAAUUAUAUUUAUAUGUAUGCUCAUCCCCCUUAAACUGCUAAGCUUAGUAGCAAUUAUAUGUACAUGUAUGCUCAUCCCCCUUAAACUGCUAAGCUUAGUAGCAAUUAUAUUUAUAUGUAUGCUCAUCCCCCUUAAACUGCUAAGCUUAGUAGCAAUUAUAUGUACAUGUAUGCUCAUCCCCCUUAAACUGCUAAGCUUAGUAGUAAUUAUAUUUAUAUGUAUGCUCCUCCCUCAGCUUUAAAAUUACCUCUGAUGGGCCAGAUUUUAAACAUAUUUGUAUAUUGUUAAAGUCUACAAACUGCAUUGUUUUAAUAUAUAUUUAUUAAUAAAUAUGUAACUGUUCUGAAUAUGUUUACAUCUUCUUUUUGUUCACUUUAUUAUAUUCAUAGCAUAAAGUGGCAGCGUACUGUUAUAACAAUAAACGUCGAAGCAUAGGUAUCUUCAUAAUGUUACUACAGUAAUUUGUCACAAUGAAUUGUGGACAAAAUGUUUAGGUUUAUGUCGCUCAUUCUAGUUAAGCAUGACAAUAAAAUUAUAUUUUAAUAUUUUGCUAAUAUAACAAUGUUCCAAAAGCAAAUAGAUACGUUUUGUCAUUUUUGUUACUGGAAUAAACAUAUAUUUCUGAAUUUG